AUUAAACGGCUAUAAAUGUAUACUUCAACAUACUGAUAAAUCCAAUAUUAAUAGUAUUUAUAGACUCAUUAAAGGUGUCUACCGAAACUAGAAAAUAAUUUCAAUUCGUAUUUGAUUGCGGUGAAAAACGCACACGGUCUGCUUACCCACAGGUCGUUAUAUAGGCAGGAGACAAUGAAGUACUUGGUGGGAUUUUUGUUGCUAGUGCUUACCAAGAGUACGCUAACCGCACCACUAAGUCAACCUGAUCAUCUUGACUAUGAUAAUGCUGAGCUCAUAGCUGGCUACUUCCAAGGCGAUAUUGUUUUGGCGCCUACGCAGCGCAAUGGACAUCGCAAUGAGACGCUACGCUGGCCCAACAACAUUGUCUACUACAAAAUCAAUGAUGGAUACUUCGAUGAGGCGCAUCGCAAUCACAUACUGCGCGGUAUUAAAAUCAUAGAAGAUCUUUCGUGUAUUCGCUUUCAAGAAGCUACCGCCGAUCAGAAAUAUUAUGUAAAUAUCACAGGCAAAGAUGGCGGCUGCUAUUCGAGCAUUGGCUGGAUGAAUGGCGUACAGCAUUAUAAUCUUCAGCUUUAUCCGUUGGAUACGGGUUGCUUCCGACUCGGUACAAUUGUGCACGAGUUCCUACACACGCUCGGCUUCUUUCACAUGCAGAGUGCCGCGAAUCGCGACGAAUAUGUACGCAUCGAAUUCGACAAUAUUGAGAAAGGUAUGGAGUUUAAUUUCGAGAAAUAUGACGAAGAUUAUAUCGAUGAUUACGAAGAGGAAUACGAUUACGGUAGUAUAUUACACUAUCAUGCCUAUUCGUUCUCGGUGAAUGGUGAAAAGACCAUUAUACCAUUAAAAGAUGAAGGUGCGAUAAUAGGUCAAAGGCGCGGCAUGAGCAAAAGUGAUAUCAAUAAGUUAAAUACAAUGUAUCGUUGUCCAGUAACCUUGUAAUUGUAUGAAUUGCAAUAUAUGUAUUGUAAACGAUAAAAGUGAAAAAUUUAAUAAAGUGGUAAUAUGAUGCAUA